GAAUAUCAAACUGUAGUUGGAUAAUCAAACUGCUGCUAAAUUGACAGCAGUCAAUUACAUAUAUUGAGGCAAUUGGCUGAACUUCUGAUCGUAUGAAAUAUUUACCUAAAGCUAACUUAUAAAUUGUCAACGAAAACAUAAGGAAGUCAGUUCAACAGGUUAACAGGGCCUCACCAUCAUCCCUCAAGACUUGGACUGAGACCUCAACAUAAUAUUGAUAUACCUAUACUAAUACCGACCUAUCUCAGCUAGCAGGUCAAGGUAGUCGUAAGGCAGGGGUCACACUUUUUGUUUUGCCUCUGUUCCGUCGCUUCCAUCCUCAGGAUACUGAGUCCUUCUCCUCCAUGCUGCAACCCCUACUUAGGGCUGGAGUGGACAGGCACAUUUAUCUCAUGUGGGCUGCUCCCUUGGAGCGGCACCGCUGCACCCAAGACCGAGGGAGCCCACUCCGAAGCUGGGUGCAGAGAGUGCUUGCGGGCUGUUCGGCCUGUCCAUUCUGACAGGCUCAGCCCUGGCGACUCUCUAGGCCUUUAGGGUGUCUGCCCAGACCAAUGUCUCCCCCUAUGAGUAACUCCCAUCAUCCUUCCAGCUCUGAAUUGGUCUUGUCAGACCAAAAGGGCUUAACCCUCUAGUGCCCCCGGUAUCAUAUCUGUAAGUCAAUUUGCAGAAAAUUCGCCUGCUAAUCAUAGAGGUGAAAAUUGUUGAAAACCCUGCUGUAUCAGAAGUGGUACGUCUUGGCAACCACCUGGUGGCAAAAUUUUAAAGUAAUGAUUUCUCAGUUUCCCACCAGGUGAUUUUGAAGAGGGUCAGUUUGUCCUUUGCCGAAAAUCAAUUUGAGAUGCAAGUGUAAAUUUAAGCAUUUAGAAAAUAAAAAAAUAGUUAUUUGGAAAGAAACUUGGCAUACUGUGAGACAAAUGUUCAACAUAUAUCAUAGUAUGUUGCAAAACAUCGCAACUUUUUCAGGGUCAAAGAUAUGGACCCCCUAUUUUUGGGGAUACUAGAUAUGAUACAGUGGGCAUAGCACUCCAAUAUUUUCUAUGAAAUUUUCGCCGCUGCAACAUACGGUGUGCCAAUACCAUAGUUUUCUCAGGUGAUAAGCAUUGCAAUGGCCUGUGAUUCAUUGCAAACGACGAUGAUACAAGAUGCAUAAAUUUGUGAAGUUCGCACCUCUUGCGCCAGAUAACUCUAUUUCGCUCCAGACUUAAAAUGUCAUAACGAUAUUGGUACGCUUAUGCCGCCUCUCAUCCUUGUCAAUCUUCCAACAUCUAGCUUUCUAUGAGUGGCCUUGCAUGCCUCAUACAUCUCGACUUUUCUAACGCUCAUAGGAAUAUGGUUUUGCAACUGUUUGACGAUGACAAGACAGACUCCGGACCGAAGGGCGUGGUUCCUUUGAUUUCCUAUCUAAGAAGUAGGCAACCAUGCACUUCUGCCAAGUUCCAGCAGGUGCCUGACACCUGGCAAGCAUUUUCACUGCCAGUGAAGAUGAGUCCUCUCUCGACUGCUCUAUCGCUUCUUCUGUGGACGUGCUCAGCGGUAGCAUCCUCCAGCAACUGCUGUUACACGUCCAGUGCCUGGCUGACCCGGCGCCUGGAGAAGGACGGCUUUCACCGGGACCUGGUGACCUCAGUCCAGCUGCCCUGGUCGCCUUCCCUCGCUGACUGCCGUCUACUGCUAGUGGAGCGUCUACCCGCUGGGGUGUACGCAGACCCCUACCAGCUGGCUCGUCUUCCCAGUGCUCAACACAAAGUGCUUGGUUUGGUGGAUGUGGAAGCGAUGGCGCAUGAUUCUACCUGGCUGGAUGUGCUGUCGUGGGUGGAGGUAAACGUCACCGAAGGAGAGGUGUCGGGUCAGGUGACGGCAACGGUAUCUUUACCAGUCCACGCGCGCUACCAUCGCGCGGACGAAACGGAACGAAUCGCUUCGGUCUACAUCGAGUCGCCGCGUCUCUUCCUAGGAUGUGAUUGGGAGAAUCAACCAGAUACUCAACCUUCUAUCGAGGCAGAAUCACCCACCGUUGACAGUGAUGACUGCAAGUGUGAUGAGAAGGAACCGUUUCCAUGUCGUAUCGCCAGUGAUGCUGUGUGCGAGUAUCAUGCGGUGCAGACGGAUAAUAGUCCCACAGUGGUGUUACCAGUGCCUCUGGGUGAUUUACGUGAUCUCGAGCUGGUGCUCGUGGGAACGGCUGUGGCCGUGACGGCAGGCACCGUUCUUCUGCUGUUGGUGAUCAAUAACAAAACGCUCGAGUCGCCGGCGCGACAUCGAUAAGGUCCGUGAUUUUCAGAAUGAGAAGAGAGAGAGAGAGAGAGAGAGAGAGAGAGAGAGAGAGAGAGAGAGAGAGAGAGAGAGAGAGAGAGAGAGAGAGAGAGAGAGAGAGAGAGGAGAAAGAAAGAAAGAGAUGUGAUGAGAAGAAAAAGAAAGAGUGGAACGAACUACAAUCAGAUGAAUGGCAGUGAUGGAGAAAGUGAUUGGAACGUUAGCGAAAUAAGUGAUUGUGUCGAGCGCGGCACCCGAUUCCCAGUCACGCUGAUCUCUUCCAAGAACUGCUGCCUCGCACAAGAAAGCCCCCACUUUUCUGUUGUGAAAGUCGGCCUUUGAUGAACGUCGCUGGGACCUGGCCGUGGGCCGGGGCCCGGGCGGCGUGGUUUUUGUUGUCUCAUGGUCUCAUUUUCGGUUACGCGUGAGCGCCCCAGCAGAUGGCGGCAUGUCAGUUCGAUCCUGGGCAAUUCGAUGGACCAUAUCGCCAGGUAACUGUAUUGGACAAGCUCUGCAUUAUAUCUUUCACGCGCUCGCGCCUGGUGGCUUGCAGUGCUGUCUACACACAAAAACGUCCUGAUAAAUUGUCUCGAUCCAAAUGGAAACUGUUGUGGAACUCCUCGGAUUGUGCGAGGAUUUAUCGGUUUGUGUUACAUUUGUCAUGGAAACGGUUUGUCAGGUCUCGUGCCAGCUGGCUUAAUUGUCUAGUACAAUGGUUCGCACUAGAGUGAGCUGAUGUGUUUUCUGAGAAGUGCGCUAAAUGGGCUAAUUCUGUGCUUGCUUUUCCGUAAUGGCACUAUUAUUAGGUGACUGUUACGUGUGUUUUGUAUCACGUAAAGGCAAAUGUCCUCACUUUUUCCGAGGUGCAUCACCAAAUGAAAGCAUCGCGAUCGUAGUGCUCCCAGUAAGCUGUCUUUAUGAUUGUAGUAUCUAGUCGGUGUACUGUGUGAUGUUAGCUGUGGAAUGCUGGGUUUACGUUCUAUAUAGUUAGCGAAGUCAACAUAAAUGAAUGGCUACUGUCGGAUAAUUAUAACCGUGCAUACCUAUGUGCUAUACGCUCACGGUUACCUAUUUAUAAUAGGCUUUCACAUGCCGCAUUCAAGGCCCUAUGCCGCAUUCCUGUAAACGACGUAUUCGUAUUUCAUAAUACAUACGUAGUUAUUUCA